AUGGCACUCCCAACCCAAUUUACACCAUUCAAACCCACCGACCACCGCGACUUCCCGGCUACUCCGAGUAAAUGGGAGAAACGCAUAGCUGCAUGGGACAAAGCCAUAGCUAAAUGGAAUGUAUCCGCACCUGCAAAGGGUUACGCACCCGCGAAUGCCGGAAAGCUAAGCGGUUAUUCACUCCACGAUAACCCUCCAUAUGUCCCCAUCAACUCUGGCUCCGAGAUCGAGUGGCCUCAAUUCUUGCUUCUCCGCGUUUUGUACACCAAAUCCAACGCUGCAGACCUCCAGGCCAAGGUCGAAGCCGGAACACACGACCUCUUUGCGAAGGCAUCAUACGACAGCGCCCGGGAAUCCCUCAAGGAGAACGCCGAGUGGAAUGCGUACAUCAGUGAUAUCGAGGGCGCCAACCCCGGCCAAGAGGGGAGCUUCCCCGACCUCGGCCUCUUCACUAUCCCGAGAUAUCACCAGCUCGCCACGUCCGAAAUCAAGCUCCGCCCGACCGAUCAGCCACCAUCUACCUACGUAUUAAGGCCCCGCACCAACAUGCCCAAUUACGCCGAUCAUGCCGCCGCCGUCGAUGCUUUGACGUCAGGGGUGGCAAGCUCCGGGCUGGUGCACCGGGAACGGAGCCACAGCUCCUUGUCGGGGAAGUCGGCAACCACGCAGCUCUCGGAACACUCCGCAGCCGGCAAGGAUGCGGUCGAGAUUUACCCCAAAGCCGAGGACGAGCAGAUCGUCAACACGGCUCUGAUCGACUACUUGAUCUCGAUCACGAUCACCUGCAAGGACGUGAAGGGGGGCUGGACCCUCCACCGGGCCGCGUUCAUAGCCAACAACAUGCAGAAGUCACCCUAUCCCAAGACCUACGAGUCCCGCGUCGACGGCUACUUCCAAACGUGGAGUGGGCGCAAAGCCGCCAUUAUCGAGGUGAAGCCGUUCAUCCGCUCCUGGGAUGAGCCGAAGAUCAGAAUGCAGGAGGCUUCGCAGAUGGCGGCCUGGAUUAGCCAAGAACCCCCAGAAAGCUAUCAGAAGGGCGGCAAAGCCAGACGCCUGUUGAUUGCCCAGGACAGGCAUGAAGUCUUCCUUACCAUCGCCACAUUCGACAAGGCGUACGUGGAGUACAUAAGGAAUGAGCCCAACCGGAACCGGAGCGCCCGCACAUUCCUUUGUCUCAAGCAGUGCGGCCCCUUUACGAUAACUAAAUGCCAGGAUAUGAAGGUAUUGUCGUAUUUGGUGCUUGGGUUCUGCAGGGCUGUAUGCGCACCGGGCGGGCUCGUCGGAAGAUAA